AUGCCGGGUACAAGGCGUGCUCGCAAUAAUGCAGACUCAGUGGUCAUACCCCGUCAGAAUUCAGUGUCUGACAAUGGAAGGACUCGUCAGAACCUUAGCCCUGAGGCAUUAGCGGCUAUGAGUAAGGAACAGCUCCGGUCAGAAUGCAGGAAACGGGGUCAACGAGCUACAGGCAACAAAAACGAGCUGCUUGCCCGUCUCGGGUACUACAAACUGGCGGCCGCGGUGCAGGCAGAUACUGAACAGCGCCCGCGAAACGGAUUGCACCACCCUCAUCCCAAGGAAAUAAGUAGGAACAAAGUUAUACCAAUGGACACCGAUAGCUUGGUGCUAUGGAAGCGACCCAUCACAACACUAGAAUACUUUUUCAGAGAACUCUUUAUAUUGAUUUCCGCGGGAUUACAGAGGUUAUUAGCAUAUAAGCUGUUAGCGCUAACAAUAGCUGUAGCGAUAUUAAGCACAGUGGUGUCUUACUACGUUACUGGACCGCACCAACCCUAUGUACAGGUAGUGGUGGCGACGCUGGCGUGGUGGGGCUGGUGGGUGGUGCUGGGCGUGUGCAGCUCCGUGGGGCUGGGCACGGGGCUGCACACGUUCCUGCUGUACCUGGGGCCGCACAUCGCGCGCGUCACGCUCGCCGCCUACGAGUGCGGCGCGCUCAACUUCCCCGAGCCGCCCUACCCUAACGACAUAAUAUGUCCAGCAGAAAUCGACCCAAACAACGUAGUUUCAAUAUGGAAUAUAAUGUCAAAAGUGCGCGUGGAGUCUAUGAUGUGGGGGAUAGGCACGGCCCUGGGAGAGCUACCCCCCUACUUCAUGGCACGGGCGGCGAGGCUUUCGGGAGGAGGGGUCGCUGAACUCUCUGCCAAAGAUGACUCCAGGACUGGCAGAGCAAAACAAAUGGUCCAGAAGCUGGUCCAAAAAGUGGGUUUCGCUGGCAUACUGGCCUGCGCCUCAGUCCCCAACCCACUGUUCGACCUGGCCGGCCUCACCUGCGGACACUUCCUGGUGCCCUUCUGGACGUUCUUCGGUGCCACGGUGCUGGGGAAAGCGGUUAUCAAGAUGCAUAUACAGAAGAUGUUUGUUAUCAUUGCGUUUAAUGAGACUCUUGUUGGCCAAGUCCUCUCAUGGGUAGAGAGGAUACCGUACAUUGGACCAAAACUCGAAGCGCCUCUGCUAGAGUUCCUCAGAAAUCAAAAGAGUCGUUUACACAAAAACGACUCUGGAAGUGUUCCAGAGAACCAGGGCUCUGUUCUGUCGAGUCUCCUGGAGAAAACUACAGCAAGCGAGUGGGCAAGAAGAAGGGCAAGAAACGGGAUUAGGGUCUGCGUUCGCACGCCGGUGGGGCUGGAGCUCGCGGUGUUCGACGCAGCUCUUCCCGCGCACCGGCCUCGCGGUGACGCCCCCCCUACUGUCCCCCCCUCCACUUACAGCUCUAACGUCCUUCAAUGCGACUCAACACCUUCACCACUUGUCGGUAUCAAAUAA